AUGGAUAUCGAUACGAAGAUCAAGGCAUAUCGCUUCGUAGCCUAUUCGGCUGUCGUAUUCUCCGUGAUUGCCGUUUUGUCCGUCUGUAUUACUCUGCCCAUCGUCUACAACUAUGUGCAUACAGUUCGUCGACAACUACACAACGAGGCCAUUCUUUGCAAGGGAUCAGCAAAGGAUGUCUGGGCAGACGUGCACAAUUUGAAGCGAUUCCAACAGCCUCACAAUCGUACAGCCAGGCAGACAGGCUAUGGAGACGGCGAAGAGACUCAUACUCCUGAGGUACCGCGAAGCAGUGUACCACCUUAUGACGCAGGUUGUGAAGGAUGUUGUCUGCCAGGAGCCGCUGGAGCUCCAGGAGCUCCUGGUAAGCCAGGACGUCCAGGCAGACCUGGUGCACCUGGUAUGCCCGGUAACCCCGGACGACCACCGAAAAUGCCAUGUGAUACAGUCUCUCCUCCUCCAUGCAAGCCCUGCCCACAAGGACCCCCUGGUCCUCCUGGAGCUCCUGGAGCACCAGGAGACAAUGGAGUCAACGGAGAACAAGGACCUCCAGGCGAAGAUGCUGCUCCCGGAGAACAAGGACCAAAGGACCACCUGGAGCUCCCGGAAAGCCCGGAGCACCAGGAGAUGCUGGAGAGCCUGGACUACCAGCAACGUGCGAAGCACCUCAACCAGGAGAGCCUGGACCAAACGGUGAUCCUGGACCAGAAGGACCAGUGGGACCAAGUGGCCAACCCGGAACUGAUGGAGCACCAGGGACCUCCUGGACCCGACGGAAAGCCUGGAUCCGACGGUAACCCUGGUCAACCCGGACCACAGGGACCUCCCGGACAACCUGGAGAGCGUGGUAUCUGUCCCAAAUACUGCGCCAUUGACGGAGGAAUCUUCUUCGAGGACGGAACUCGCCGUUGA